AUGGGUCGUCGAAAAAAGGCGAAACCAAACCCUCCGACCGAGCCGGCGGAUGGUAGUGUUGUCACCGAGUCCUCAACGUCCACAUCCGAUAUGCCGCCGAAAUCGUCCUCGAGUCUAGCAGCCUCUAUAUGGCGUUCAAAAGCCGUUCCAACGCCGACCGCUUCGAACCCACCUUCGUCGACGACGACCUCGACACCUGAUAAUGCUCUAUCAACAUCCCAGCCCAAUGCGACCGCAAAUACAACUCCUAUUUCGAGCAAGCGAGGGCUGAAAGAGACUCGCAGCCCCAGAAAUCUCGGAGUUGAAAGAAGCACGGAUAGUGUCAGUCUCGAUGGUGCAGCUUCGUCUUCGUCUCUCCCAAACAUGUCACCCUCCGAGAACCUUGAUGAUAGGGGAUCCACAGGCGGUGAGGUACCAAAGCCGGGGCCGGCAGUGGACGAUAACGCUGCCAAGACCGACCAAGUCGCUGUUGGUACCACUGGCAGCAAUGAAGCCGAGGAUCGCCCAUCACCAGACACCCAACAACAACAACAACAACAACAACAACAACCGGCAUCAGACACAAAUGGUAUACACCAGCCUGCGGAUUCACAGUCUACUACCACCGAACCACAGUCGGGAGAAACAGCUUCCUCCAGCUGGCUAGGGUGGCUAGGCCAAUCUGCGUACUAUUAUUAUCCAGUGUUAACUGCCUCCGUCCCGGUUCUGCCAAAGCUUAGCGAACCCAGGCCCAACGGGGGCGAACCUGAAGUACCUGAACCCCCCAAAUCAACCGAGGAAUCCUCAAACAAUAUGCCAUCAGACGGAGAUCCGCCAAAGGCCCCGGACGCUCAGGAGCCUACGUUACAGACUGCACCCCAAGAAAAGCCGACUUAUAGCUAUGGGAGUUAUCUGUUUGGGUUUUGGCCAGGGAGUGGCACGACAGAAACAAAACAGACGGAUUCAGCAUUGUCAACGGGGGAGCCACAGGAGGGAGCAACAAGCCCGCCAUCAAAGGAUUCCGAGGACGUCGAGAUGGAGGAUGCGCCUGCAGUAGAGGCAGCUAAGCCGGCCCCAGCACAACAACCAAAAUCAGGUUCUACCUGGGCGUUCUGGUACCGUGAUUCAGGGUCGAAUUCCCACAUGAAAGAUGGACAGAAAGAGGAAACUGGCCAGCUGGCUGUGGUGGGGGAAAGCUCAGAGUCCCACCCAAAGAACGCCAAUGUGACCGAGCCCGAGACAGAGCCAUCCAAGGAGCCAUCACUGAAGUCGGUAAAGAAAGAUGACCAACCGAGGGCGGCUACACCUCCAUUGAAGGAAAAUUCGUCGAAUAAAGGGAAACGGGCAAGACCGCAAUCCAUGGUCGACGAACCCAUUUCUCGCCCCGAUACACCCAAGGUUGAGCCCAUAGCGAAAGCUGAAGGAACACCCAAAGCUGGAACUUCCAAGAGUUCGAGUUCGCUCAAACUGCCGCCUCCUAACCUUGUCCUCCCAUCAUUCAAGAAUGUGUAUCGCAUGAAAGAGAACCCUUCUAUUGUCCGACAGAUAAAAAACUACCUGCUAUGGACGCAACAACCAGCGCCCAAGCAUGUUAACAUUGCCAGGGAGCCACCGAAGAUCAAAAAGGCUAUCGCGUUUGGAGUACACGGGUUGAUCCCCACAUACUAUCUGCGUCCGAUAACGGGACAACCAACGGGCACAUCGAUUAAAUUCGCAAAUCAUGGCGCUGAAGCGAUUAGAAGAUGGGCCGAGAGUCACGGUUGCGGGGACUGUGAGAUUGACAAGGUUGCUCUUGAGGGCGAGGGCAAGAUUGACGAGCGUGUGGAAAACCUCUGGAAGCUGCUGUUGAACUGGAUUGACAAGAUCCGUCAGGCGGACGUUGUGAUCAUGGCAUGCCAUUCUCAGGGUGUUCCUGUUAGCAUCAUGCUGUUGGCGAAACUCUACGAGCUGGGUGUCAUCUCUCCAACAGCCAAGGUCGGUGUUUGCGCUAUGGCGGGUGUCUCUCUCGGCCCAUUCCCGGAUUACAAAACUGGGCUAGGUAUCUUGAUGGGAUCUGCAGCUGAACUGUGGGAAUUCGGAGAUCCACAAAGCGAGGUAUCCAAAAAGCUCGAAGCGGCUGUUAAAGCAGUAUUGAACUACGGGGCUCGAAUCACUUAUAUCGGCAGCAUCGACGACCAGCUUGUCCCUCUGGAAUCCGCCAUAUACGCUCCUGCCCAUCACCCGUACAUCUACCGGGCCGUAUUCAUCGAUGGCCGGAUCCAUGCCCCUGACUUCAUUGCCCACCUAGUCGGCUUCGCACUGAAACUCCGAAACCUCGGCGUCACAGACCACGGCCUUAUCCGUGAACUUUCCGUCCCUCUUGCUGGCAGCUUGUACACAGGCGAUGGCCAUUCUCGUCUUUACGACGAUGAGCAAGUCUACGACCUAGCAAUCUCCCACGCCCUAGAAACAACCGACGUCAGCCCUUCCCCCACCCGUCCCAACAGCAAAUCCUCCAUUCCCUGCGACAUGGCCACCCGCCAACCUGGUACCCUCUCCAACCCGAACCCGUACCAUCUACCCUGGAUCAUGCGCGGCCUGCUAGAAGAGGAUUUUGUCAAGUCGGAGCUCUCGAAUGAGGUGGAAGACUUACUCAAGCAGUUUGACGAUUGGAAGCCGACGACCAAGGCGCUGAAAGAUGUCAAGUAUCGGUUGGAGGCCGUUAGGUCGAAGCUUUGAGGUUAGGUGAUUCGGCGAGCAUCGGAUGAAAUGAGGACGACAUGUGGUCUCGGCAGUUGGAGAAUGGGCGUGGGAUAUUUUGUUCGGCAUCGGUUAGGGGUGAUUGCUUACAUAGAUGAGAGGUGUUUGGGUAUUUGGUAUUGUGCCUUUUGGGACGAUGGGAGUUGAUAUACAAGGAUGGAGAACAGCACAUUUACGUGUCCUCGGUUGUACACGCAUUUCAACAAGGAGUUAAGAGGGUAGCGUUGCUUCUGGAGUAGGAUGAUGUUUGGGAUAUUUUAUGGUUACCUUCCACUUGAUUUGUACUUGCACUUUGGUGGUUGUGAUUAAAUCCGGAUUGUAAUAUAGAUAACGAUACAUUCGAGA